AGCGGGUAGGCAUCCCCAGUGGGUUCCGUAUCCGAGGCCGGUUGACCGUCUCGGACUCGGUUUGAGUGGAGAGGAGGAGACGCCUCCUCCGUGUGGCGGAGGGAUACACGGCUCUGGCAAAGAGAAAGAUAUCCAGACUUCUGUAGUACAAUAUUGCUUAAAAGUCCCAAUCUGAAGACAGAACUAUUUCUCAAGAAAGCAGCCAUAUCACUAAUGUGUUGACAGCUGCAAAGUCAUUCCCAAUGGAGAAUCAGAAUAUUAAAAAGGUACUUUCCGAGUGUUCCAAUACACAACCCAACUUGUAUUUGGGAUGUGGAAACCCAGUCAAAAGCAUGAAGAAGAUGGACUUUCUCUUCACAAGUGGUCCAUCAGAUGCUCCAGCAGCAAACUUGUGUAGAAGCAGUGCCAUUUCUGAGAGUUUGGGAAGCACCCGGAUAAACAAUCCCCCUAUCAUCAUGAAUGAUACAGAUGAUUUAACAACUCCCAGGAGAAAAUCUACAAAUGUUGAAAUUGCAAGCAACCAAGUUACUCCAUCUAGAGGCUUGUCUGACAGUAUGGCAGUUGAUUAUAAAAUUAAUCCAGAGUUGUUUACAAGCCAGAAUAAAGAGGAAUUCAAGCAUAUAUUGAAAAAAUUAAGACGACGGUCUACAAUUGGAGCACGAGGUUCUCCAGAAAAUAACCAUCUCAUCCAAUAUAUUGCUCGGCAAAGGAGAAUGAAGGUGCAAGAAAAUUUGUCACAAUCCAGCCCUUGUCAAGAUCGGAACACGUUGCUGAAAGACAAAAUAGCUGCCUUCCAAUCCUCAUUUAAAGCCCUCGAAGAAACUGAAGAAAAGGCAGUCCAUAUUCAUUCUACUUCAAACACAAGACUGCACGAGCAAUCAACAUUGAGCCAGACAUGGUCUCCGGAGGAUAUGAAUAAUGCUUUUGAAGAAAACUUAACUGAUAAAUGUAUGAACGGAGAAGGUAUAUCAGUAGAUAUCCAGAUGCACAGUCCCAAAUUUCCAUCAUGGAAGCCUCUUCUGUCUGGCACAAAUGUUAUGUCUAAGGCCGUUCUGGUCUCACCAGCGAACGCUGUGGAAUCUACAGGUGUGUCUUUGGUAGCUACUCCAAGUACGGGCAUAUCAAAGAGUGAAAGUGGUGAAGACAGAGAAUUGAGCAGAAACGACACGUCCCAACCUAGCAAUAAGAAGGUUCGGUUUUCAGAAAAGCAGAGCUUUGAAAUCUUUGAUGAAAGCAAACCACCCAUUACGCCUGUGGGAAAAGGCCAUUCAUUUCCCAAUUCCCUUCGUUCUGUUCUGAAGAAAACACCAGUCAAAAUCGUAUCAGAAGGCUUGAAGGAUCUUCAAGGAUCAUCAGGGGAAAUGGCCACACCGAUAUGUACUGGAUCUUUUGGCCCUGAAGAAAGAAAAAAUAAUUCUCCUGACCACCACGCUCCUUUGAUUAGAACUGCUCGAAACUCUGAUAAAAGGAAGUGUGUAGUGAAAGCAAAAAAAAAUCUUGCAACCAAAAUUGAAGGCCAGAAUCAGCUCAGCAAAUUGCAGAAAGCCAAAACUUCAACCAAAUCCAAAAAAAAACCGGCAGUCCGACCCAAAGCGGCGGGGAAAAGGAGGGGCAGGGGGAAGAAGAAAGAGGAGCAGAAAGUAUUUUACGGGCCACGUGAGAGAAUAUUGAAGAAACCUCUCUUAAGUCCGAUCCUAGAAAUAACAGAAAAUGCCUCCUUUCGUUCCUCUUACCCAAAUACACCAACUUUAAAUGUUUCCACCUCAGAUGAUUCUUUAAGUGACCUGCAUGCUAAGUUUAUCGAUGACAUGGUGGAAAACAAAACGAAUCUACCUCAUGCUGUAGGAGUGGACAGCCAUGAUCAACCUUCUAGCCCUCAGGAAGAAGAUAGCUUAGCGAGUUCAUCUGUGCAGCUUCAAGAACUUGCUCUAAACAAUGGAAAGCAAUGGUUUCCUGGAUAUGUGCCCGAAAAAAUCUCUCCUGAAAAACUAAAGAGUUCUUUAAAUGGAAAUGAACAGGUGGUAGGAAGGGACUGUCUAUCAAGUAGGACAGAAAUGCAGCUGGUGGAGUUACCGAACAUCUGUGGACCUACUAAAAAUAUCAAGGCUAAAGAAAAUUCAUUUUUCACUGUAGAUUUUGCAGCGGAAGUAAUGAGUGAAAGCAACGGGGUGAGCUUUGAAAGGAACCCAAGAAUCAGCAGAAAAUCGACGGAAGACUUUCUGAACCCCGAGGGCACCAAGUCAAACAGCCCUGGUGUUCCUGGAGGAAACCUGGACGGGUUGCCAUCUUGUCCUUGGACAGCAAAUGACAUUGCACUUUUAAACCAUUUUGAGGAAAACAGGAAUAUAACAAAGAAAGUAAGACGCAGCAUGAGGGGUCAGAAAGAUGCAGAAGGUGAGGGCCUUGCCUGGGUUGAGAUCCCUUGCAAAGUCCCCAAAAGGCGACUGUCCUCUGUUGGUCCUCAAGAAUCAAAGUACACCGUGAGUAACCCUUAUGGACGAAGAAGAAGGAGCUUCUGUGCAUCUGAAGGCUCUCAGCUCCCUGUUGUGGGUUUGGAGUCAAACACAUCUGCCUCCCAUUUGGAAAAUUUGGACAAAUGCCAGAAGGGCAACAUGAAAUUUGAACAUUAACUGUUUCAAGCAUAGUUUCGUUUUUCCUCUACUGGGAGAGAAAGAUUUAAAUGCAGGGGAAUUUACAUUGUAUUACUUAGCAAAAGUCACUAGCCACAGGGACACAAAGCUAAAUUCAGCUAACAAUGCACAGUUGAAAUAUUCACAUAACAUGUUGACGUGCAAACAAUAUAUAUUGACUGCAUGAGCCUUUUUUAGGACAAAGUACAAUGUACCAAAUAGCUUUGUUCCCAUAUCAAACUGAAUUAACCUGCCCUCGUGUUAGUCUCAUCUUACAUGGAUGAGUUUAGCCUAUCAGUGGCUUUACAAGUAAAGUUUUUUUAAUCGUAUUUUUGAUCAGUGCUGUGAUCUUGGGGAGAGGGAUUCAUUUGUGGUUGGACAGCCUUGCUUUAUUCAAAAGACUUCUCUAUUUUUUUAAAAUAAAUAUGCUGGGCUGAGAGCUAUUUUUUUUCUAACCUCAAUUGUCUCCUGUGCACAGACAUGUAGUACUUCUCAAAACAGAGAUAACCUGAUUACAGUUUGCAUUUCUAUAGUGCCAGAAGUAUCUUGAUGUGUUUGCUGAUGCUCAGCUAUAUAAAGAUGUAGAAAAAUUCUUUGUCAUGCUGCAUUAUUUCUUGAGACAAUGCUUUCUUUGAUCUGUUACAGAUAGUCAUUUACUUAAAAUCAUUUAGUUAGUGACUGUUGAAAGUUACAGUGGCACUGUAUAAAGUGGCUUAUGGCUGGUCCUGACACUUAAGACCUUUGCAAUAUCCUCAGUCACAUGAUCUAAAUUUGGCCAAAAUUUUAUAGGGAUUACCACAUCUCAAGGUCAUG